AACUUAGCAUAGCUCACUACAAACAAGUUUUGACAGUGUGUGUCUUGUGCUCAAAAGCUUAUGCACAGACUUAGUGUUAUGAAUCAUGUAAUUGUGUAAAUCUAUUUCUCAGAGCUUGUUUCCCUCAGGACACAGAUGCUAACCACAAGGCAUUCUUUUAAAAGGCAGAGAGCUGCAUUCAACUCAAUGAAAAAAGGAACUCAUUCAGAUUUGGAACCACAUGAAGAAAUUCCUCUCUCAAGAGUUUGGCAUUUCCUCUGAGCUCACACACUGAGAGCCCGCUCUCCUGUUUCACACAGUGCUCACUUGCGACAAAAGCGGGGAUUUUCAAACAUCCUGAAUGAGAGGAAUCCUCUUGCCCUCGGCACACGCCGCAUCUGCAAAGAAACUUCACAGGGUGAACUUCCCCCUACACAACAGUUUUUGCUCGAGAGGACGGAAAGAACAUCAGCUUGGUCUUGUUUUCAGCAUCUGGGCGAGUGGUUCAACAUGGGCUAGCCCCAACUUUUCCCAUAGAGCUGGAGUGGACUGGAAGAGAACAAGGAGGAGGAGGAUGAGCGUUUACACUCUCAACCUCAGGUUGUUCUGGCCGCUGGUCACUUGCGUCCUCACUGCUCUGCUGCUAUUGCACCAGUACAUCUUCAGAGGAGCCGAGGACCAAGGGAAUGACUGCGCUGACCAGGGACCUGGAGCUGUCACGCUCUUCAAGUACAUCCUAGCUUUAAUCUUAUGUUACUUCUUCAUAAAGUACUGCUCAGCUCAACCUGGCACUGCUAGGAGGGGCUUCCACAAAGUCCCGGAGGUCCACGGAAAAUCAGGAGUCUCCAAGAGAGAGCUACUGGACGAUCACUACGAGAGGCAUGUGCGUCUUUCUCCACAUGUGCUGGGCCACAGCAAAGCCCAUGUUGCCAAGCUGGUGAGUGAACUUGUCAGAGUAGGUCGCACCGAUGUCCCGCCAGAGUCUUCUCUGGCCUUCCGCGGUGACUUCAUCCAAAUCGGCAGCUCCUAUGAGGAGCACAAGGUGGGCUCACCUGACUGCUUUGAUAUCCUCGUGCCUCUGAGGGCACCUCGUGGGCUAAAACUGGAGGCUGGUGUUUGCACUGACAAACCUGGGGGGCCACCGCUUUGCACACUAAAUACACCUCGCAAGGCGGAGUGGACACGCCGUCACAAGGCCUUCGUGGACACGUUCAUGCACUUGCACAACGCUCAAAGGGUCUACAGGAUGAGCCCAGAUUCCGUCCAGCGCUGGUUUUACACAGCCACCCAGCGCUGCCUCGCUGCCAUCCGUUACCCAUUUGAGCAGCGCUGCUCCCUCAGCCUGUCUCUCAGUGAGGAGCAGCAGGUGCUUCUCCGCCUGACCCCUCGCUCCGAUUACGUCUGCUGCCACAUCUCCAUGGGCAUUCGUCUGAUCCCAGCCUUUCCUCUCGGCGAUGGUGCCUUCUUGGUAGCAUCCCAGCAGGGUCAGCAAGGAGAAGCCCUUUGGACGGUGUAUUUUCCCAGACAGGAGCAGAGACUGCUGGCUUGGCUAAAAGGUAGACUGCCCCCCAACUCUUGUCACCUGAAGUGCCUUCAGCUCCUUAAAGAGGUUCGUAACCUCAGUGGGGAGACUCUGGACCAGCAGUCUGGAGCUGAGUGGGGAGGAGUGCUCUCGUCCUAUGCUUUGAAGACCGCUUGGCUUCGUCUGCUGCUCAGUACACCCCCUGAAUCCUGGGACGAGUGCAACCUUGUGGACCGGCUGGAUGAUCUUCUUCGCAGUCUGAGGGAGAGCCUACAGUCUCGGGCUCUCUGCCAUUUACUCCUCGGAGGAGUUAAUGGGUUUCUGCCAGACUCUGUCGUUCUGCCCAAACUUGUAAAGGAGACGGUACCCCCCAACCUGUGGGCAGAAUUCAGUGACGUCACCCUCGAUAUGGUCUCCGCCCGACUGGCCUACUCCUGGAACCACCUCCCUCGCCUAAUUCGCCUUGGGCGACCGCAGAGGACCAGCCUUGGCAGAGGUGUCCGCUGCAAAUAUAUUGAUGCAGAGUAAAGGUCAACUAUAAAUGGUAUUGCUUGAUUUCAGUAA